UUCAAUCCAUGGGAGUUAUUUUGUCAUGGAACUUAGAGCUGCGUGGAGGGUUAUUUUCUUUUAUCUUUUCCCAUAUGCAUCAGGUGAUGACAACCCCGGGAGCAGUCAGGACAUUUUUAGUGUGUGUCAAAAUAACAUGAAUGACAUUUCCCUUGGAUGUUGUGCAGGGAUAACUGAGCUGAACAAAUCGAACACUCACAUAUGUUGUGGCGGAAGUCUACAUCCAAGAUAUGUCGAUGGUUCCAUCCAUAAGUGUUGUAGAGACAAAAUUUACAACGGAAGAAAAAGUAUCUGCUGCAAUGGCGUAUAUUAUCCAGACAAAAGUCCAGAUCAUUACGGUUGCUGUAGCACCUCUGCAUACAUAUUCACAGAGGAGAUGUGUUGUAGUUCAAAGCUCCACAAAUUCCACCAUACAAGUUCGUGCUGUGGCAAUGAAACGUACGAUGUCAGAGAAAAAUAUUGCUUUAAAAAUAUGUUGAUCAUAAGUUUAUGGGAAAGUAAGUGUGGAGAUAAAAUUUACAACACAAGCGAGCAGAUGUGUUGUAAUAAAACCUUAAUUCCUCACAAAUACAGUCAUAGAUGUUGUGGUUCUUUGUCGUAUGACCCAUCCAAUAAUGACUGUGCUGGAAAUCAAGUGGUCCAGAAAGGGCAUCAGUGGUGUCCAAACCAUGGUGCGUAUGAUGUCACGACACAUAAUUGUUGUGAAGGUCAUCUGUUGAAAAAAACCGGACCAUUUUGGCGCUGUUGUGGAAAUAAAACGAUUGACUAUGACAUUGAAUCUUGCUGUGCAGGAAUGAACUUUAACAAAAGAAUCAACAAAUGUUGUGGAGGCAGAAUCAUAGAAGUGGAAGACGUGUGCUGUUCCAAUCAGAAGUUAGAUAAAACUACACAAGUGUGCUGUGGUAAAACCUUUCUAAGAGGAGAAGAAAUAGUACACAAGAGUGCUCCUUAUCACGACAAGUGUUGCCCGACUCGUGGAGGCGGAGUGUCUUACGACUCUGUGGACUUCGUGUGUUCUUAUGAGUACAGGGUAGUAAACAAGUCAAUGCUAGAUCCUAGAUGUGGGAGACAGAAAUAUGAUCCUAUGAAAGAUCUUUGUUGCAACUACAAACUGUUUAAACAUGCGUUGAAAGACGGGAUGUCAUGCUGCCAGCCAAGUGCUUCUAUCUACAAUCCCAAUACGGAUGUGUGCUGUUUUGGUAAACGUCAAAAGGGCAAGAGUUGCAAGAUGCCAAGGUAUCGUCUAAGAUGUCCUCGUAGAUGCAAGCUCAAGAAAAUGAAUUUAAAGAGAUAUUGUAGAAGAUAUCUAAGUGAAACUGGUCGUUUAAAAAAAAUAAGAAAUAUUAGAAGACAACUUGGAUCUAUAAAGCGCAGUAACUCAUGCCGCUGUCUGUAUGCAAAAAGGAUACAGAAACCGUCAUGUAAAGGCAGGAACUGUGUUUCAUUUCAAAAACUUAUUGGAAUUUCAGUUGACAAAAGUAAUACUUCUACCCUUUAUAUCGAAAAGAAAAGGAAACUGUUUAUUAAACGCCUCUGCCCACAGCACUUGUCAAACAAAGAAAGCACUCUUUAAAGACUCCUUUACUUGAAAAUAUUUUCAUAUUACUACGUGAUGUAGAUAAUCAGAAAUGUAUAAUAUUGUAUUGUAAAUAUAUUUUUUCUAGCUAAAGUGCUACAUUUCAAAAUUUGAAAUGUUAUUACUUAAUUGGACCAAACGUUUAACAAAGUUGGAUUUUUCAAUAUCAAAAAAAUCAAAAAAGUGAAAGAUAAUUUAUGGAAUGAGGAAGUUAUUGGUAGAGAGACGUGUGGGCCUGUUUGAAUGGAUGCCAACUGAUUGCAAUAUUUAAUUUAUGUUUGUCACAGAAUUAAUUAUGUUAGUUAAUUAUUCACCAUAAUUGCAUUAAUUUAUUUCUACAUUUCAUGUUUUCAUUGCCCAUUGUUCAUUUGUUUCCAUUCAUGCCGCUUCAUUCAUACAAUCAAUCAUAGUAUGAUAGUAGUACGAGAGGACACGUGGUUACGUUUGUCGGGUGGAUCAGUGAAUAAGUAGUAGUUAUCCAAUAAAAUAUUGUUAUUUAUGUGCAGAUACCCGAUGGGCGUGGUCAUA